AUGCCGCUUUCCGUGAACGUGGGAGGCCGCAUUUUUCAGGCCUCGGAAGACUCACUGCGGCGCUGCGGCCAAUUUGUGCUGCGGGCGCUGGAUGGUUCCAUUCCAGUGGACAGAGACGAGGAAGGACGACUGUUCUUUGACCGCGACCCCGACUUGUUCGAGUGGGUUUUACGCUUUGCACGCACCGGCGAGAUCGGCAAAGACUUCCCAGGUGCUCUUCAAGCUGAAUUUGACUACCUCCUCCUAGACUGGCCUGAAGCCUGUGGACGCUGCAAGGUGCACUUUGACAAAGCUCGCAACAGUGAGACUGCAUGCCGCCACCAUCGCUUCCCAUGGAUGGAGGACUUGGAAGUCUCCAGAGAGGAGAAACUCUGCUGCGCCUGGCCGGAACGCUCGGAGAAAGGGCCCUGCAAACAUUGCGGCGCCGA